GGUCACGCCCUUCUGGAAUUGAGCAAGGAUAAAUCAAGUUUGAAGCAAGCAGAAAGCCACUCAAACCAAUUUCUAAAAACUCUUCAUCAUGUAGAAUCAAAACUUACAGAGCAAAUUAACUACCUCACACAAGUCUCAACAGGUCAACCUCAUGAAGGUUCAGGAUAUGCUUCUCAAAAAGUUCUCCAAAUGGCUUGGCAUCGCUUGGAGCAUCUAAGAAGUCGAGUCAAUGAGUUAGAACGCAAUAAACAAAAGCAGCUCCAAACUCAAACUCGGGGUAUGAUGAGACCUAUGCAACAACAACAGCCAAUGAACCAAUGAGUGAGAAUUUUGAAGAACAGUUUUGUAAUCAUGUUUUAGCAGUUCUUGGAUAAUGGUUUAGUAGUUAAUUUUUGUGAACAUCAUUUUUGUUGUAUCCUUGAAUAAUUAUGUAAAUAAAUGUAUUUAUGUCUAA